AUGCAAUUGCAAUGGAGCGCACUUGCGUCAUUCGAACAAACUAGUAAACUUAAACAGAAGACUGAACAAAGUUCGCUCCAGGAGACUGACGCUGAAUACUGUACUCCACUGGUUGUUGUUGAACGUAUCCAGUUGGUCCCUGAGUGUAGAUCACGUCUGGAGCGUACUGUGGAAUCGCCUGGCUCUGAACGUAUUGUUGGGUGGUGGGCGUGGCCAGUGGGACGUUCGAGUAUUGUUGGGGAGCGACGUUGUAUGGAGUCACCGAGGGAACUGGCGUGUAGGAGGUCGCGUUGA